ACAGACACAGAGUUAUUAUAUUAUUUUAUUUUAUUUUUAGAGAUUGUUGCACCUUGACUGAAGUGUAAACGAGGUGUGCAUGAUUGCGUCAGUUAUGGGACGGAUACAGUGCGUGUCACUGGUGCUCCUCGUAUACUUUUACACUCAGACAUGUGCGCUGGCCCCGUGCAGCUCCUCCGAUUUCCAGUGUGGGACGGGGGUGUGCAUCUCGUCCCGUUGGGUGUGUGACGGCGCCAACGACUGCGGCGACGGCAGCGACGAGCUCAUGGGAAUCUGCAUGUCGCGGACCUGCGCCCCCUCAGAGUUCAGCUGUGGCAGUCGUGCCGUCGAGUGCAUCCCCAAGUCCUGGCACUGCGACGGCAAGGCAGACUGCGAGAAUGCCGCGGACGAGGAGGGCUGUGCGGUGAGGAGCUGCUCCGCCAGCGAGUUCCUCUGCGCCAGCGGGCAGUGCGUGUCCGGCAGCUUCGUGUGCGACCACGACGCCGACUGCGACGACGGCAGUGACGAGGCCGCCUGCCCCCCGCUCACCUGCAGCCCCUCCUCCUUCCGCUGCAACAACAGCGUCUGCCUGCCGAGGAUCUGGGCCUGCGACGGCGACGCCGACUGCUCCGACAGCUCCGACGAGUGGGGGUGCGCGGCCCCGGCGGCGGGGGCCGGCCGCGCGGCCUGCGCCCCCCUGGAGUACCGCUGCGGCGAUGGGGAGUGCAUCCACGAGAGCUGGAGGUGUGACGGGGGCGCGGACUGCAAGGACCGCUCGGACGAGGCCGACUGCACUCACACCACCUGCCGCCCGGACCAGUUUGAGUGCGGUGACGGCUCCUGUAUCCAUGGCAGCCAGCAGUGCAACCAGCAGUACGACUGCAGGGACAUGAGCGACGAGAUGGGCUGCGUCAACGCCUCCCGCUGUGAAGCCCCCUCCCACUUCAAGUGUCGCAGCGGCGAGUGCAUCAACAUGGAGCGCACCUGUGACGGCCACAACGACUGCCGGGAUUGGUCGGACGAGCCCGUGAUUGAAUGCGGUACCAACGAGUGUCAGCGCAACAACGGCGGCUGCAGCCACGCCUGUCAGGACCUGCGGGUCGGCCAUGCCUGCCUCUGUCCCGCCGGCUACGGGCUGCUGGACGCCAGGCGCUGCGGAGAUAUAGACGAGUGCGCGGACCCGGACACCUGCAGCCAGAUCUGCGUCAACCAGAUCGGCGGCUACAAGUGUGACUGCAGGGAGGGCUACCAGUUGGAGCCCAGCACCAAGGCCUGCAAAGCCAUCGGCAACGUGGCCUACCUGCUGUUCACCAACCGCCACGAGGUCCGCAGGAUGACCCUGGACAAGAGCGAGUACACGCGGGUCGUCCCCCGGCUGAAAAACGCCGUCACCCUGGACCUCCACAUCGCCUCCAACCGCGUCUUCUGGUCCGACAUCUCCGAGAAGACCAUCUACAGCGCUGCCAUGGACGCGGCUGCCAACGCCACGCAGCAACAUGUCGUCAUCGGCGACGGCAUCGGCGCCCCCGAGGGCAUCGCCGUGGACUGGGUCCACGGCAACCUGUACUGGACAGACGGCAUGCACAGCACCAUCUCCGUGGCAACCGUCGACGGCAGCCGCCGCAAAACCCUGAUCCGCCAGGACCUGUCCCGGCCGCGCGCCAUCGUGGUCGACCCCGUCCACAACUUCCUGUACUGGACAGACUGGGGCACUCCGGCGAAAAUCGAGAAGGCCGGACUGAACGGAGGGGACCGCGUCGCGUUGGUCACGGACAACAUCAUCUGGCCCAACGGCAUCACCCUGGACCUUCUGAACCAGCGCCUCUACUGGGUGGACUCCAAGCUGCACACCCUGUCCAGCGUGGACGUCAAUGGCGGGGGCCGGCGCACUGUGCUCGUGGACGAGCAGCGGCUGGCUCACCCGCUGGGUGUCACCGUGUUCGAGGACCGAGUGUUCUGGACGGAUGUGAGCAACAACGCCAUCUUCAGCGUCAACCGGUUGACAGGAAGUGAUGUCAGAGCGGUGGCGGAGCACCUGUCCUCGCCCGAUGACAUCGUGAUGCACCACAACCUCCGGCAGCCCGCCGGCAGGGACUGGUGUGGCUCGGCCAACGGCGGCUGUGAGUUCCUGUGUCUGGCCGCCCCCCAGGUGGGCCCCCACCCCCCCAAGUACACCUGCGCCUGCCCCGAUGACAUGGCCCUGGCCCGGGACAUGAGGCGCUGUGUGCCAGCCUCUCCGACGCCCGCCGCCCCCGUCCCACCUCAGCCCCUGGUGACCCGCGAAGCCUUGACCCCCAUUCCCCACCGAGCGGUCCAGACCACCGCCAGGACCCCGGCGCCCCUCACUGCCAGACCCCCCACCCGGCCGGUCACCACCCACAGAGCCCCCACCCGGCCGGCCGCCACCCACAGAGCCCCCACCAGGCCAGCCGCCACCCACAGAGCCCCCACCAGGCCAGCCCUCAUCUUCAGCACCGCGACGGCCAGGGCGGACCGGGGCACCCCCAAACCGGUGGUCCCCCACACCGCGGGCCCCCACACCGCGGGGCCCGCCCCCCAGGGGGAGGAGCCUGUGAACCCCCUCCCGGACUCCCUUCAGAAGCUGGAUGAGAUGGGACCUGAGACAGCUCCGUCCAGCCACACAGCGAUCUAUAUCGCCCUGCCGCUCGCGGUCGUCAUGGUGGCGGCCUUCGUCAGCUUCCUGUUGUGGAGGAACUUCCGCCUGAAGAACACCAACACCAUCCACUUCGACAACCCGGUGUACCAGAAGACCACGGAGGAUCAGCUCCACAUCUACCGCAGCCAGAGCCCAGAUGGCUACUCCUACCCCCCGAAGCAGAUUGUGAGUCUGGACGAGGAGGCGGACAACCCGGCAUUCUCCGAGAACUAAACGGAUACCAAGCUAGCAUAACAAGCUAGCAUACCAAGCUAGCCCAGGAAGUCCUUUAUUCUUGACCACAGCUACCGUGGGUGGAGAGAGCCAGCCCACAGAAACUUCCACACUACCUUAAGGUCUUUUCCACGACUCAGCUGAAGAAGAUGAAGAUGAAGUUACACGCCCGAUGUACAGACGAUUUCAGUCCACCGUACCGCAGGGGACCAGAAACUUGCCCCAGGAGAUAUCAGAUGAGUCUGCAUGUCUCCGGUCUGCCCCCCCACCUCCACCUCCAACUCCACCUCCACCUCGUCAUAGACUCAACAGAACUCCUCACCUACUCCCCUUUACACAGAAUUCCGAAAUCAACGAAUUGUAAAUAUUUCUUGAUCGCUUUCGUCAGUCCGGUGAGAAAUGUGCAAAUAUGCUGUUUGUAAGAACAGCCAUCUCUGGUGCAGAGGGUAUGGUGUAGGGAUCGACCGAUACCUACAGAUUUUUUAGGGCCCAUACGAUACAGAUUUUUUUUCAUCAGCCUUAGCCGAUAACCGGUACGCCGAUACCAAUUUUCUUGAGCCGAUAAUUGGAGCCGAUAAUACCCUGGAAAUCCAGAGUUCUCGCGAGAGCACAAUCACUAAUAUGGUGUGAUGUCGAACCUCUUAUCAGUGUCCUGCCCCGUGCCACUAUGACCGCAGUUACCUCAGCUGAACCCCUAGGAGAGAUCCUUAUUUAGUUAAUAUGGGCGGAAUGUUUGACUAAAGCUUGGUAAACACAUCUCCAUCAGCAGCUCCGCAGAGGUCCAGAGCGCAGGAUCAGAUGUUUACUUGACGUGUAUCAGAGGGACCAAAAGCUCUGGGAUGUCUGCACACCAAGGUCCAUGACCAGAUAGUCACUGAGACACGACAACUGGCACGUCUUUGAGGACGUGCUGACGGAGUACAAGUAUUCACCCCCUUUUCAUUGUGCUGCACCUCUCUGUACCGUCACCGGGCUAGCGCCCAGCAGUGCCUGUCUGUCGACACACUUUACUCUAUUGACUCUUCACCAGUGCCGUUUCAGACACUGGUUCAGUAGUUGGUUAGCCAUGGUGGAGUUAAAUUGAAUUUAAACCGCACCCCUCGAACCUCAAAGUUCGUAGUUCGAAAUUCGAAGUUUGAGGUUCACGAUCCCCCUCAUGCAAUAAAUCCCAGCAUGCAUCUCUGCUCACUUGGGUCACACCCCCAUCAACAAGCAAAGCGGCCACUGCCGUAAGGUUAACGAGGGUUAAGGCCGGUCGAUGUUGGGUUUUUUACGCAUUUCCAAGUGGCCUCUCCAGUGUUUUGAUGAGAGGGAUCUGAGAGUUGAUCAUUUAGAUCGUCCUCUCUUUUGUGACGGGAAAGUUUGUGUUUUGCUUGGUCAAAGCUUUAUGUCGGAGACACCUUUGUGCCUUGCAAGCUAAAUAUUUUGUGGAAAUCAGAGGGGUUUGAGAGAAAUGUAGGUGUUUACUUCAACAGUGUUACACGUAGUGUAUCCAGGUGAAGUCAGAAGUUGGUUAAAGGCACAAUCACUGCCAUGAUGUUUACGACGUUUUUAAGGUUUUUAACGUAGCUUCUAAACAGAGCUCUGAUUAUGGUGACUAAUUGUCCAUCAAUGUCCUUUAACUGACUGUGUUGAUCAAGGGUUUGUAAAUACAAUGUUCAUAAAUGUAAAUAAUUGACAUUUGGUCAUGAUGCCUUGACUUUUUUGUAAAUAAAUUUAUAUUUGUAUUUAUUUUGAAAAUGUUUGCCCUGAAUGUUCACAUGUGCCUCACCAUUUAUACAAUCAAUUUGAUUAUACUGUCCGCCAUUUUGUAAUCCACCACAAGCUCUUUAGCGUUAGACGUCGAAUUCUAAUCACGAUGUUCUCACACAAUGUUGUUUUCCUCAACUUGUAAUCAAUCUCAGAGGGGUAUGUUGAAACGCAGUGGUGAUCAAUCUUAUUUAACCCCCUGGUUACAGAGUGUUCUGUGUUGUGGGUCUUGUAGGAACAACAAGUCUGUAAAUUACACAGUUGUACACAGACCCUGAUUCAAGGCCAUGUUUGAAUAAAUGUUUUUGAAACCGGUAAA